UAUUGAAAAAUGAGGUUACUUGUGUUGAUGUGUUUGGUGGUGAUGGUCGUGUGUGAGGGGGAUUACAAGUAUUUGAAUUAUACUCAGAUUAAUCAGAAGAUCAGUGAGUUAGCUAAAGAGUAUCCGGAUCUGAUUAAGGCAGAGAGUAUUCAUCAGAAGUACAAUCUCCCUCACCAAGGUGGUGAUUGUGGGCAUUCAAAAUGCGUUAUAACUUAUGUCUCAAUCUCUGACUACAAAAUUCCUCCUGGGAAUAAAGUACAGGUCUAUCUCUCUGGAAAUCUGCACGGGGACGAACAACUUGGACCAAACGUGCUGGUCUACCUUGCGGAAUAUCUAGCUAAGACUUACAAUGAUGGGGAUAUCAGCCAUUUUAAUAAUCUGAGAGAAAGGGAGAUAAUCAUGACUCCGAUGACCAACGCCCAGGGCUAUUAUUGGAACCAUAGACAUGAAGAGACUGAUAAAGGACAAAGAAUUGAUGUUAAUAGAGAUUUCCCGUAUAAUAGAGAUGACGACAACUGAUACCAGUCAGUAGCUGCCAGAGCUGUAUUUAAGAUUUUUCAGAAUAAUGAUAUUUAUGGAGCACUGACGUAUCAUGGAGGAACUGAAGUCAUUUCGUAUCCGUGGGGUAGUUUUAAUCAUAUCGAGAGGAAAAAUGGGAGGCAGGUUGGGACAGAAUCUCCAGAUGAUUCAAUGUUUGCCAAAAUAGCAGAAGUUCUUCAAACUCAGUCCUCUGUUCCGAAUUGGAAUAAUCUCAGGAUCGGCACAAUGACAGAAACAGUAUAUGCUUGACAUGGAGCAAUGGAAGAUUGGGCUUAUGGAGCAUCAUUUGAUACUAGCCCUAAUGGAAAGCACGAGAAUUGCUCACCUACUAGUUAUCUCCCUUUCAAUAAAACUGAAUAUUUUACUAAUCAUACACAUAUCAAGCCUGCAAUAUAUCUUGUAGAAGCAAGUAAUAAUAAGCAUCCUAUUACUUCAAGAUUUGGAACUCCUUCUAACUUGAAAUGUAAGGAUUGCCAUCCUGAUGGGCAUAUCAACAGACACAUAAAACUCUGAUUAUCAUUUAUCGAUAUGAUGAUGCCUUACCCAAUAAUCGAAACCGUCAGUCAACUCUCUCUUUCCCAUGCUAGAGUAGAAUUCAAGAUAAACGGGUGUCUCUCGCUUCAAAAAGUCGAGUUCCUAGUCCAAAACUCCACUGGCCACUACACCACAUUCACCAAACUCCCUACCAUCCCCGGCUACUGCAACCACGCCUCCCACCCACAGACCACCUUCACCCACGACGUCCCACUCAGAUCUGACAGAAACAACAAGACCAGCUUCAAAAUAAAAUUCCUUGCUGACCAAGACUUCCUCGUUCAGACUUCCCCUGAGCCUAGACUCCCUCCUCAAACUUCAGUUGUCCAGUCCCGAGACCCCAAUUCUGUACUGUACAAGCUGACUAUUAGGUCAUACAUUCUGGUGCGCGAAGGCGAGAAAUUGGCCGUGCUUGAUGAGUUAAGUCCUGAGAUUAGGGAUGAUUAUUAGCAACAGAGGUUCAAUGGA